AUUAUAUAUGUUAGUUGGCAAAAGAAAAUAUUUUGAAAAUGAACCUAAUGAAGUAAUUCUAAAAAUUUAUAUUCAGUCUAUGAAUCCAACUUUUGCUUUAAGAAGACGGAUAAAUUAAGAUCGAAAUCUAGAAACUUUGAGUUAAGCGCGAAGAAGAUUAACAUAGUAUAAAUAGUUUAAUUAAAUUUUUAGGUAGAAUUUGGCAAUUAUUUAAGAGAAAUACCCUUAAAUACAAUAAUCUGAAAUUACUAGAUUACUUGAAGAUUUUGAUAAUAACCUUGAGAUGGUAAUUGAAAUUCUAGGGUAAAAAAUGGCAAUCCCAUAAAAAAUUGACAUUGAUAAUGCAGAUGUAGAAUUUAAAUUAUUAAAGUAGUUUGAUAACUAUAAAAUAUGUUUAAAAGAAGAAUUAUUAAAAAGACUCUAUUAAUCCUAAAAUAUUUCAAUAGCACAGUAGGUUAUUCAACUCUGUUUUGAUGAUUUUGAAUAGAAAUUAGGCGAAAAGUUUUAAUCAAAUGUAUUUACAUUAUUUAUACUUUAGACUUAAAAAUUACUUGAUGAAAAUAAAUUACUUAAGUAAGCUUUUUUAAAACAAAAUAAGAGAUUAGAGAAAGUGAGAAUAGAUAUUGAAAAUAAAGAAAAACAAAAUUAAAAUUUGAUAAAUGAACUUGCUGAAGAAUGCAAACAAUAAAAAUUAAUUAACAAUAAUCUCACAAUAUUAUUAAUACAAGCUUAACAAAGUGUUUCGAUUAAUAGUAAUAUGAAUCAUGAUAUAUAUUGAGCAAUCAUCU